AUGUUAGCUAAACAAUAUUGGAGAAUUAGUCAACAUCCUAAUUCAUUAAUUGCAAGGACCUUCAAGGCUAAGUACUUCCCUAGGGGGUCAAUACAGGAUUGUUCCCCUAAACCACACCAGUCAUGGGUUUGGAGGAAUAUAAUCAAGUUUGAUAACCCUAAACUUAAGGAAGGGAGAUGGGGGGUAGGAAAAGGAUGCAAUAUUCCUCUUAGUCAUCAAGAUUGGUGUAAGGGUCUUCCUCAUAAUCUACUUCACCCUAGUUUUACUACUGGUACAGUUGCUGACCUUAUAGACCAACAAUCUCAUAAGUGGAAUUCUAAUUUAAUAAGAGAUAUUUAUCCUUUUCCCCUAUGUAAGGAGAUAUUACAAAUUCCCCUACCUAGGAUCUGUUCUGUUGAUGAUAAGUUACUAUGGAAGCACUCUAACAAUGGUGAAUUUGAAGUUAAAAAAGCAUAUAAUAUUCUGCUAGAGGACUACCUGACACUUUAUAAUGAUCAUCACAGCCAAUCCCAUGCUGAUAAUAAAGUAUGGAAGCUAAUAUGGAAGAUAAAAACCCCACAAAAAAUUUGUAAUUUUAUUUGGAAGCUUUUGCAGGAGGCUCUUCCCACCAGACAGCUUCUAAGGAAUAGGGGAAUCAUUGAUAUUGGUCCUUGUCCUUUUCGCAAUUGUGCAGAAGAAUCCACAACCCAUUUGUUCCUUAUCUACCCUUUUGCUAGAGCUUGUUGGCAUGGGUCACCAUUAGCUGUUCACACAUCUGAUCUUCUUGGUAUCUCUGUGCAGCAAUGGUUAAAGGGAUUAAUUAUGUCUCAUAGUUUGGAUGAUGAGGUUUUUAUGGAAUAUAUGCAGAAAAUUUUCAUCACAUUGUGGACAAUUUGGUACCAUAGGAAUAGAGUGGUUCAUGAGGAAAUACAACCAAAUCCCUUGGACGUUGUGCUUACAGCUCAAAAUCUGUAUUGCAGGUACAAAGAAGCAUACUCCAUCAAUUACGAGCCAAACAGAAGCUGUUCCAGAUCAAAAGUUGAACAUAACACAGAAGCAGGACACUGGCAGCUGCUAAUCAAGAUUGCAGGGGUAAGAAACUCUAGAUGUAAUAGAAGUGCUUGGGCUUAUGAAGCUAAGGAUAUGCAAGGAGUUAUCAAAUUGUGUGGGGUAGCUAGCAGCAAUGCAAGUACAACAAAUGGGGCUGUACAGGAGGCUUUGAUGGAAGCAAUCAUCACAGCCAACAACUACGGAUUUAAUAGGAUUCUCUUUUUGACAAACAACAAGAAUCUGAUCCAACUUGUUCACAGAUCUAAGACUCCAGCUUGGCAUGAGAGGUCCUUGAUUGCUGAUUUGGAUAUUUUGUAUCAAAGUGGUUUUGUUUGUAAUCUGUUAGUUGUCCCCAAUUGUGUCCUUGAUUUUGUUAAUGUUGCUGCAAAAAUGGCAAUCCGAAUGCCACUACAUCAUACUUGGGUUCAUCCUAGUCUUUUGUAA